GGAGUUGGAUCGCACCUCCUCGGGGAAGUGGGGAGAGGAGUCGCGCUGCGCGUGGGGGCCCGGGAAGGGUUGGGCUGCGGGUGUCUGGGGUGACCAUGAAGGACUGGGGCGCUGGGCUACGGGCACGGGGUGCAGAAUCCACAUCUAGGUGCGCUGCUCCACGAGGCGAUUUGGGGUUUGCAGCAUUUGAGAGUCCAAGGAGUUGAGUCCAGGUGGGCAGGGGAACCUGCGGCGCACUGCUUAGUCGACCUGGUCGCCAGAGAACCGCCCAGUCCUUGGAUCUUACUUUGGGGUAGGGCAGAGAGUUGUGGGGCGUCCUGUCUCCUUGCGGAGUCUGAAGGCCCCUCUCCUUAACAGCUGGGCUUUUCCCUCCUUCCCAAUUGAGUCCGGGCGCCAAGCCCCCGAGUGCUCGUCACGCUGGACCCUGGCGCGGAGCCCUGGCAUCACGACUCGGAGGCUGAGACUCUCUCCUGGAGUCACCCAGGGGAGAUGGAUCCACCUCAGUGUGUGGAGGAGCUGGAGGAUGAUGUGUUUCAGCCAGAGGAUGAGCUGGGGACCCAGCCUGGGAACUUGCCCUCUGCUGACCUGUUUGCCCAGAGCCCGCUGGACUGCCCCCUCAGCCGCCUGCAGCUCUUCCCCCUCACCCACUGCUGUGGCCCUGGGCUUCGACCCACCAGCCAGGAAGACAAGGCCACUCAGACCCUCAGUCCAGCCUCCCCGAGCCAGGGUGUCAUGCUGCCUUGUGGGGUGACCGAGGAACCCCAGCGACUCUUUUAUGGCAAUGCUGGCUACCGGCUCCCUCUCCCUGCCAGUUUCCCUGCAGGCUUGCCCCUUGGUGAGCAGCCCCCCGAAGGACAGUGGCAACAUCGUGCAGAGAUACAGAUUGCCAGAAAGCUUCAGUGUAUUGCAGACCAGUUUCAUCGGCUUCAUUUGCAGCAACACCAGCAGAACCGAAAUCGCAUGUGGUGGCAGAUCCUCCUCUUCCUGCACAACCUGGCCCUGAACGGAGAUGAGAACAGGAACGGGGCGGGCCCCAGGUGAGGCUGGGCUGCCUCUUCGAAUGGGGCACCACUGAAGGACAUUGGCGAGGACUGACCCUGUGUCUUGUGAAGUUGCUUUUUGUUGUUUUUAUCUUUAAAAAUUUAUCUCUAUGUGUACAUAAGACAUACCCAAGUGGGGCCUUUUUCCCUGUUCAGGGCCUUGACCAGGAAUAGGGGCCUUUGUCAAACACUGUUGAAGCGGAGGCUGGUGGGGCUCUGACGGGGGUCCUCCCAAGGGCUCUGACGCGCAGACCCUUCAGUCAGAAGCUGUCGAAGAUGGCGGGGCAGUGACACGCUCUGACGACUGGACCGUGGUUCACCCAUAGGAACACAAUUAAGCAACAGGAGGCCGGAUUCCACUCCUGGUUCCACCAAACCUGUCAGCCUUCUACCGCGGAUGGGGCCGAGAUCCGAACAGUCGCACCACAUGAACCCACCGUGGCCUCGGCCAGGGGCUUCCCAGCUGAGCACAGCGGCCUUCCUAGGCCAGUCCGCCUGUAUCAGGGUUCUCACGUGGCCCAGCUGGUGCCUGCCCCACGGGCUCAGGGAUUCUCGCCCAGCCCCUGUCACCUCCAGCAGACCUCAGGGAGGGCUGGGUUUCUCCAAGGACCCCUCAAACUGCCGCAGAAUGAACCAAACUUCUCCACAGGCCUCAAAUCUGACUUGGUCCCACUUGGAAGCCCCAGGAUUGGUCCUGAGGUACAGAACCACUGCCACCUCUGGCUUUCUGGAACUGGCUGGGUGUCAGCCAUGGAUGAGCCAAAUAGCCAAUCAGCGUGCUGUCACCAGCAGCUUGUGCCUUUGUCAGCUCUUCUUUCCAAAGACCCGGCGACAGCCUGCGUCCCACCCCCAGUAGCAGCAGUCUAGGGUGGGAAGGGGCAGGCCUGCAGUGGGCCUGGGGAACGGGGCCAUCCCACCUGCAGGAGUCAGUCCCAGAGGAACCCAGAGCCCUUGGUCUCCUUGGAAACCACAUACCUCCUCCUCCUUAUCCCCAUUCCUUUUUCACAUGCAGUAUGACACAGGAAGAAGCCAGCACAGUGACUUUGUCAGCCGUAAUGUGUCUUUUAGAGCAACAGAUAAUGGUGAGAGUGCAGACCCGUCAAAGCUGGGUACCACAUUGCCUGUCUUCCUUCAGUUUCCAGCUAGGCCAGAAGGACCUGCUCUGGAACACAGCAGGAUCACAGCUGCCUCUGAACUUCCCCUCUCUCCCUGCUGUGGUGCUAAUGGAGAGAGUUUAGAGCAGCCAGCCUGACAGCUCUGACAGCAGCAGACACAGGGGAUCUGAAAAA